AUGUCGAACUGGGAGCAAAACCUUCCCCUGCGGCAGCAGGCGCAGCAGGGGCAGCAGCAGCAGCAGCAGCAGCACCUGCUGCAGCAGCAGCAGCUGCUGCAACAGCAGCAACUGCUGCAGCAGCAGCAGCGGCAGAAUGCGCAACCUAGCGGCAAGCGGCAGCAGCAGCAGCAGCAGCAGCAGAGCAACUCCGAGGAAGACGACGGGUCCUCCCUUAGCGGCAGCAGCAGCAGCAGCGAAGAUGAGGCGCAGCGGCUGCACCGGCCAGCAGCAGCAGCAGCAGCCACAGCAGCAGCAGCAGCAGCAGCAGCGCAGCUGCCGCAGCAGCAGCAGCAGCAGCAGCAGCAUUUGGGCGCACCCUCUGCUGCAGCACUGCCGCCCCAGACGCCCCAGCAAGUAGCAGCAAGCCUUUCAAGCCGCGCUGAGGAGCGCCAAAAGCGAAAAGUCGUUCGAGCAUAUAUGAAAGCAAUUCGUCUUUUGGCAAAAGUGUCUCUCUUAGUAGAAGAUGACAGAAUUAUUGUUAACAAACCAGAAGCGCCAGCAGCAAAAAAACUUGGCAGGCUUCUGUAA